AUGCGCGAAGAAGAAACAAAAGCUUCGUACCUGAGUCUUCAGUGGACGCGUUGGAUUUUGAUACCGUUCGGUGUCUGGCCGCAUUCACCGAACACUUCGAAACAAAAGAAAUACAUUUGCCGCCUGAUAAACGUUAUUUGUUAUUUUCUGAUAAGUUUCCUUUUCGUACCCUGCGGUCUGUUCGUAAUACUAGAAGUAAAAAACGUCUACUACAAGCUCAAGCUGUUCGGCCCGUUGAAUUUCUGCGCGAUGGCGUAUGUGAAAUACUACUCGUUAAUGGUCCACAAAAAGAGUAUUCGCGAGUGUAUCAAACACAUCGAAUGGGACUGGAAGAUGGUCAAUUAUUCCGAGGACAGAAACAUCAUGGUGGAGAACGCGAUCAUCGGUAGCAGAUUGGUGAAAAUUUAUAUCUUCUUCAUGUACAGCGGUUUCGUGUUUUAUUACAUCGCAUUGCCUAUCAGCAAUGGGAAAGUCACGGUCGAGGAUCGGAAUCUGACCUUUAUUCCAAUGGUGUUUCCCAUCUCGAGAUUGAUAGUCGACAGCCGCCUCAGUCCAGGAAACGAAAUCUUCUUUUUGAUUCAAUUUUUCGGGGGCAUCGUGAUCCACGGGAUCACGGCGGCCGCUUGUAGCUUGGCGGCUGCUCUUGCGGUGCAUGCCUGCGGACAGAUGAAAGUCUUAAUAUGCUGGAUGGAACAUUUGAUAGAUGGUCGGGAGGACAUGAGUAGAUCGGUGGACGUCAGAAUCGUGAACAUCGUGAGGCAACAUGUUCGAAUAUUGAAAUUCCUGUUCACCACAGAGAAGACGCUGCAACAAAUAUCAUUUGUAGAAUUCGUAGGAUCUAGCAUUAAUUUAUGUCUUCUGGGGUAUUACUUUUUCGUGAUAUGCAUGUACGGUAGAAAUUGAACUAAAGGUUUAAAUGUAUUGAACAAGAUUCACAAUGCGAACGCGCAUUGUAGUUACAUAGGAGAGCUCGUCGCUGAACAAUGCAACCAGAUCGGCGAAAUGGCGUACAUGAUUGAUUGGUACAAACUACGAGGGAAGAAAAGGCGAUUUUUAACUCUGCUAAUCAUAAUGUCUAAUUCCUCGACGAAACUCACAGCCGGAAAUAUGGUCGCACUGUCGCUCAGGACGUUCGGUGACGUUGUGAAGACGGCGGUCGGAUUUUUGAAUAUACUGCUAGCGUUAACAUGA